GUCGGCAGUGAGCUUUGUGCUUCCAGUGACGACCAAAUUCGCCUCCUGCUGAAGGAGCGAGGCAUCCGGGAGUAUUUGCUACACCCGCUAUCGCUGGAAGACGUGCGACGCACAGCAGAAGCUGCCUUGCAGCGACGAUGGGCCGAGGAGUUCCUGGUCUGCGAGACUCUGGGCAGAGGGUCUUCUGGAGUGGUGCAUCGAGUAAAACGCCUCCGAGACGGGCGAAUGUUCGCCAUGAAGGAGGUGCCGACUCGGCUUCUUCGUGAAAAGGAUCGUCAAAGCCUGUUGCAAGAGGUUGCUUUGAUGCAGAAACUUGAGUGGCCAACGAUCGUUUCCUUGACUACAGCUUGGGAGAACAGGCAGCAGCGUCUGCACUAUAUGGUAAUGCCAUUCAUGGAAGGUGGGUCUCUGAAGAGCCGCAUCUCUCAAGCCCUUCUGCCUGAUGCAGAAGGCAUGGACCCUCUGACACGAAGCACCUCGAGCUUUAGCAUACGUGAGAAGCACUUGGGAGCCUGGUAUCUUCAAUGCCUCCAUGGCAUGGCCUACCUGCAUUUGCAGGGAGUGCUGCACAGAGACAUCAAGCCGGACAACUUGCUCCUUGGGCAAGGAGGCGUGUGCCUUCAGAUUUGUGACUUGGGCAGUGCCAUGCGUCUACCUGGCAAGGGGCCUCACCCCCGCAAGGACGCAUCUGUGGAGGCUCCCAUCACUACUCCUCUGUACUCUGCCCCUGAGGUGGCAAAGUGGCAGCGCACCUCUGCAGCUUCGGACAUGUGGUCGGUGGGUGCCACCUUCUACGAGGCAAUCACUUUGCAAACGUUGGCUCCUCCGCGCUUCGGUGGGCCGCAGGAGCUGGGCUCCUGGCUUGCAAGCCUUGCGGACUCGCUAUCCGUGCAGAGCAUCAGCACAGUCGCCACAGGAUCUCCUUCCAGCUCCGGUGAAUUGCCAUCAGACGACUUCCGCAAAGCGCUGGAGGCGCUGGAGCUCACUGCAGGAAUUGCUACGGACUACGACUUUCGAGGACAAGGCAAAUUGGAGGAGAUUCUUUGCGUACCCUUCGACCAGCGGCCCUGUGCAGCUGCAAUUCUCGCAGAAAGAGGGAAUCUAUCCAUGCUGCGAUCCUCGUUAGUUGUCUCAAAGUCAACUAGCAGCGACGUGCAGACUCACUGGAAGGAGACGAACAGGAUGCUCAGAAAGUCGAUGGCUGCUUCAGGUCUGUCGAGCUCCUUUGUGCAACAAUUGUGA